AUGAAUCCCCGUCUAGAACGAGAUCAAGCUAUAGAUUUUAAACGUUAUUAUUUAUAUGGCUUUUUCAUAAAUCUUAUCCCAAUAUAUGUCUUUUAUCCUAUAAGAACUAUUAAGACAAUUCAGCAAUCUAAUAUAGGAACGUCUUCUGCUACAACGAUGGGAAAAGUUUUCGCUGAAAGGAUUAAAGCCGAAGGCGUUCGUGGUUUUUUUAAAGGUGUAGGAGUUUACGGGUUAGGCAGUAUUAGUGGACGUUUGGUUCAUUUCUCUACCUACGAUGCAUUAAGGGACAUGGUAUACAAAGGGAAAGGCAGUUCUGUUGGGUUAGGUUGGCUAGAAAAUCGUAGUCAUACAACUAUUAAUGCCUUAUUGGGAACUUUAAGCGCUGUGAUAACUUCAAGUUUUAUGAUCCCUUUUGAUGUAAUUUCUCAACAACUUCAAGUCUCGAGAUCUCCUCAUUUUUCACCUAAUAAUAUUACUCAAAUUAAUAACACUUCAUCGACUCUUAAAAGAGCAAUUUCUACUGCAACGACCUCCAAUCAACCAACUUAUAUUGUUACACCUCAUAAUACACCUUUAACACCUAAUAUCAAUGACCCACAUUUGCAUUCGGUCUCGUUAAGAAACAAUUUUAUCACGCGUCUAAAACCUAAAGAUGUUCCUCUUCUCCGUUUUCUUUACCGUGGUUGGGCUGCUGCUGGUGUCAUGGCUGGGGCUACUGCAACUUUCACUUCUGCACCUUUCGAUGUUGUAAAAACAAGAAUACAGAUCGCUCGUGAGGCAGGACAAAAACAAAAGGAGUUAAGAUGGUGGAACAUGGCUGCAAGUAUUGUAAAGACAGAAGGUGUAAAAGGUUUAUUUGUUGGAAUGUCUGCUAGGAUGUGGGUUAUUGUUCCACUGGGUAGUUUGAACUUCUGGGUAUUUGAAAAAGUAAGAGAUUGGAGUGUUGUAAAAAUUCCGUUGAAAGAUGAAUAA